UCACAUCACAUGACGAACUGUCAUUGAAGGAGAACGGUGUAGAACGACCAAAAGAGAGACUACUAAAAACAUAGAAAAUGUCGUCUGGAUGUACAGUUCCGUCAAAGAUAUGCUUAAUAUUCAUAGGUUUGAUAUUUUGGGGUUCUGCAGCAGGUCUCUUCUUCGUUGGAGGAUGGGUGUUUGAGACCUACAAGCACUUCAAUGAACUGACAACUGCCAACCUGACCCUUAUUCCGGCUUCCAUUGUGUUAGCAGUGGGUGUGUUCAUGUUCAUUGUUGGAUUCCUUGCGUGUGCUUCUUCUGUCAAAGAGAACAAAUGUCUUCUUGCAGUUCUGUUUUCCAUCCUGUUGGUGAUUCUCACAGCAGAAAUAGCUGCAGGUUCCCUGGGCUACGCUUUCAGGGAUGAUAUGGAGGGGUCAGUGCGUGAUGGUCUGAACCAGGCCAUUAAUAAGUACAAUGGAACCAAGAGUGACCAUCAGAUGGAAUACCUACAAACAGAGCUGAAAUGCUGUGGUGUAAACAACGCAUCAGACUGGGAAAAAGCAGAGGUGUGGUCCAUUUCUCACCCUGGUAAGGUACCAUUCAGCUGUUGUCUACACCAGACCAACUGUACUCAGAAUGUCAACGGGACCGACAUCUUCCAGAAGGGCUGUCUUCCUGAGCUGAACAAUAAGUUCUUGAAAAACCUGAGAUAUAUUGCAGGAAUUGCUGUGGCCUUUGCGGUGAUCCAGUUGUUGGGGAUGAUCUCCAGCUGUGUGCUGUUCUGCAGGUCAAAAGAAGUCAGAUAUGAGGUCCUUGGAGGUCCCAACUCUGGUCUGCGGGUGUAAAAUGAAACAACUUCCGAUGUAAAUGAGGGAUAAAAAAAAACAAGGGACUUAACUUACCUGAAUUGUCAGGCACGGGAAAAAGGGGAUUUAACUCCUCUUGAUCAUCAAUAUUAACAAAAGAUAAAACUCAUAAAGGAGUAUAAACAGUAGAACAUUUUUUAUGUACUUGAUUGAACAUCUGAGGUACAGAUUUAAAAUGAAAGUUACCACCACGACAUUAGAUAUACGAAAACUAACGUGUACUCAGUUAGAAAAAUAGAGUUAUGAAAGAUAAUUUAUUUCACACAUUGUCUUUAACCCUUGUUUAGUUUACAAGCAUGACAAACCUAACAGUCAUAUCCUUCCACGGAGUCAGAAAAUCAGGAAGGUUUUAGAGAACUUGAUUCUGUUUUUCACACGCAACAUGAAACUUCUGCUUAUUAGAAUAUUUUAAGUAAAAUGUAGGAAUCAAAAGGCAACUUUGGACAUUUAAUUCAUAAGUAGCUAGAUAUACACUACAAAAUGACAAGCUGUUACAUGUAGGGAUGUAAUAGCUUUGUAGUCUGUUAACUUUUGGUAUACAUGACUUUUUCAUGAAGGUUGUGUGUAAACUAAUAUGAACAUAUCUUUACUUACAGAAAUACUUAGAUAUCAAUAACCUUUACCUCCCAUAGAUCUGAACAUUAAUGACACACUGUCACUUAGUAUUUACUGUGUGAGAAUCAAUUACAAAGAACUUUUGAGAUGAAAAAAAUUCAUGGAAAGAGUUAGUUAUAACACUUUCGAAGUGAUCGGUCCUAAACAAAGAAAACACUCGCAUCAUUCCAUGGACAUAGCUUGCCUGUGUCUCUGGGACUUCACUUUAGCUUAUGAGAUUGUCUGUGUUGUGUUUUGGUUUCCUGAACUGGUAUGGUAUUUAUCACAUAUUAUGUGUGUAUUGUCUUAUCAGAACUAGUCUCUCUUACAUUUAAUGUAUUUCACUGAGAGAUUAUAAGCACCUAUAUAUAUGGACAUAUUUAUUUAUUCAUCUACCAUGCAAUUUGAAAAUGGAUUUACUCUUUACUAUAUGCAUGUGAUGUGCUAAUAUGACACAAAAUACAACAAUUAUACAUGCUAGAAUCGGUGAAUUAUGGCCGCCACUCUGUAUAAUAUUCAUGUCAUCUGUUGAAAACAUUAGAAUUUAGUUUUCCUUGGUUAUAUAUUGAUAAUGUCAGCUUUACUUUCUUCAUAAACAUAUAUUUUAGUGGUAAAAAUGUUUUAAAAUGUUUGCAGUGAAAAAACAAUAGAAUUUGAAUUCAUGUAUGAAACUAAACAUUAUGUAUUUGGAAACAUUCAAAAUAUUUUUAGUUUAACAAACUCAGAGGGUAUUGUGGUAAUUUAGAAAACGUUUUGAUAUAUACAAAUUGUUCUUGCAGUAAUUGUAUAUGUACAUGUCCAGUAGUGAUCUGCGUAUUGUAUUUUAUCGAACCCAUUUUACUUAUAUAUAUGUGAAGCCCGACUGUUUCAACAGGCAGUAUUAAGUGAACAAUUUCUAUAAAGUUACACAUAAUAUUACACACAUACAUAAUGUUUUACUAGAUAUUUGUCUACCUUCCUUUUUCGUUAUCAAGUAGUAUUUCACUUUGACAAAAGUUUGGCUGAAUUACAAAAUGAAUGAUAUGAUGUGACAAUGUUAAAGAAAGAAAAUAUUUUUUCCCAAACACUAACUGAAUAUUGGAGCAGUAUUAUAUUUACCAGCUUUAUAAAGAUUUUCACCAAUUUGAUUUCAUCUCCAACAGAACUGAUCCAUUCCUUUUGGUACACAACAAAUUCAUCAUAACAGGAAAGACAGGGUGACUUGAUUUAAUCAAUUAAAUAUUUUUGAAUGCCAGACUAUAGGUAUAACUAAGUCUUACAGACCGUAUAUUCUCUGUAACCAAGGAUCAUCAAUAUUUGGCAGUGCUAGAAGGUACGAUCAAAUGUAGAUUUUUUUUCCACAUCCAGGGAGUAACUAAUUGUUUAUAUCUCAUCUGUUUUCAACACUUCACUCCAAAAGUGAGAUUUAACUCAAUAUAUAUGAUGUUUGUUUAAAUUUGUUUGCAUUGAUAAGACUAAUAUGCUGUCUUGUGCUAGGCAUUUGGUGCAUUUUCACACAAUUUCUCAAAGAGUGUAGAUUGAACUUUUGUACAUGCAGUGUACUUGAUAUUAUAUGCGUUUCAUAAGAAGAAUAAUUUAUUUCCAAAAAUAUGGUUGAAGCCUCCUUAUAAUUAUGUUAUAAUCAAUUAUGCUACCUGACUGACAUGUACAAAAUUUACAUUGUAUUGGAAAUUAAUCCAAAGGCUAAAACCCUAUGAUAGUGUAUUGAAAAAUAAUCUGUAGUGCUGGGGAUCGAACUAGCGACCACUUGUUCAACACUUGAGAAAUGUAUGAAAUGUAAUCGUAUUGUGAAGCUUAAUUAAGGUAGCCUUUGAUGUUGGAAACAUGUUGGAAGGGAGAUAACUCCAACACAAAUCCUUUAUACUGUAUUUGAUCCAAUAAGUACAAAAAUGGAGUGUGCUUAACAAAAUUAUGUACUGUGUAAAGGGGAAAGUUGCUCUAUGAUAUCUGGAUGAAAAAACAAUAUAGUGUCUUUUGUUUAGUCUGAAGAUGAUAUUGGCACAUCAGUGCUGUAAGGAAGUCUUUAUAUCAAUGUAUGGUUCAAUUAUAGCACACUCGCCCUCUUUUCCUGGAAAAGGUAGUAGUGCAUUUAUAGGGACAGGUGCACUCAUUAGGUCAAAUAAGGUAAUUAUUGCUAAAUAAUGAUAUUUAGUAUGAUUUUCACUUAACAAAUCUAAUGGAUUUGGCAGUUGUGACUAUAAUAUAACAGUACAUUAAGGAAAAUAAAGACGAUUAAAUUACUGAAAUCGAUACUUUAAGAUGUAAUUACAGUCACACAUUAGUUUUAAAGUAUCACGAUUGAGAAAAGAAAAAAAAAGCUCACCUUGUGAAAACUUACAAUGCAAAAUACUUUAGUUUAUUCCUUGUAGUUUGUUAUGUAUAUGUUUAAGAAUACUCAGUGCUGUUUAUGGACAGUUUGGUUAUAUUUAUAAGUGCUAUUGUGUCCACAGGCUUAUGUUUAUGUUAUUAUGUUGCAGCUAGUGUUGUUACGGAAUCGCUGUGAUACCCUCAUCUCAUCAACACCUCAUUUCAAACAAUAAAAAGGAGAAAAAAAACAAACAAAAUCAACAAAAAAAAAAGGUUUUUUUUUUCAAUUUAGUGAUAAAAAUGAUUUUUGUCACUUUUUUUUCAAAUUACUAAAUGAUAUGAUAAAUUAUUUUAUUUUAUAUUUGUGAUGUUGUACUUUUACCAAAAGUUUUGAAUAUGGGACGGUUAAUUAUAUCUGAAAUUCUUGCUUAAAAUGUGAAAUUGGAGUUAUACAUUCAGCGAUCUGUUUAUAAAAAUAUUGUAUGAUUUUAUUUCAUAUCAACUUCAUUUGUAGAUCAACAUCAUUGUGUCUUCUAUGAUUGUGUAUGUACUUCCUUUUUAAAUAAAGAUAUUGAAUGUU